GUGGCCUUUCGCUCGCUAUCCUGGGGCACUGAUGCGAAAAAGAUUGUAGGUAUUCAGAUGAGGAUAUCCAAGGUCCCUGCAAUACUACCUAGGGAUCUGACGCAUUGUUCCUGUAUUGUCUAGAGUACCAUCUAUUCAAUUCUUCCAAUCAUUGAAUUUAACCAUGGCAUUAUUCCUCAACUCUCGGCUACUCAAAUGCACUGGCAGACAAUUCCAGUUACUAGCAGGUUUUAGAGGCUACAGCACUUUCUCUGACAUAACCCAUCAUGCACAGCCAGCGAGCGAUUCCCUCCACCCAGCAGCCUCGGCUGAAUCCAGUGCACUACAAUCGACCGAACUGCAAACGAAACAAUGGAGGGAACGCCUUGAGAGCAUUAAUAGUAAGGCUCGACUUCCCAGGAGCGUUCAAGCUGUGUACCUACGACCCCUCCGGAGGAAGGCCGAGUUUGGCCUUCCAGUCUGUGAUCUUCAGUUGAGAUCUUACAGUGUACGGAACGUCGAAUUUUUCGCCGAUUUUGCUGUGCGGGCCGCUUACUACCUGAACCUUCCUGUCUCGGGGCCGGUGCCCUUGCCACGAAUCGUUGAACGAUGGACCGUCCCUAGAAGUAACUUCGUGCACAAAAAGAGUCAGGAGAAUUUUGAAAGAAUAACACUUCGACGCUUGGUACAAAUCAAAGACGGCAACCCUCAAGUUGUACAGACAUGGCUAGCAUUCUUGCGCAAGCAUGCUUUCUAUGGAGUCGGCAUGAAAGCAAAUGUCUGGGAACAUGAAAGCCUCGAUGUAGCUGCAAACAUGGACAGCACUCUUCCAGAAGUCAAGAAGACGCUUGAGCCUUACCUUUCACAAUUUGGUCAGCGGCAAGAUGCAACAUCUCAUGACUCUAUCUUAGACAUCCUGGACAACGAACGCUUCGUUGCAUACAAGGGCCCUUUAACUACAGCACGCAAGGCAUAAGUGCUUUUGUUUUUUUACCGAUACUUUGUAUAAUAUCACAUAGUUGUCAUCAUCUUGUACGAUUUUACCAAUCUUUUACAAUUUCAUUUUCCAGAUUAAUCUGUCUAUAAGCCUGCUGUCAUGUGUUCUUGCUGGAGAAAGGCAAACUAUCGGUACGACAUCUGUUGUUGCGGCAUGUACGUGCU